CGGCACCGCCACCGGCACCGGCACCGGCACCGGCACCGGCAGCGCCUGAGCCCCGCACCGCCCGCGCCCCCCGCCAUGGAGCGCAUCCCCAGCGCGCAGCCCCCGCCCGGCUGCCUGGGCAAGCUGCCCGCCCUGGAGAGCGGAGACCUGCCGGGGCUGGACUUCGCGCACAUGUACCAGGUGUACAAACCCCGGAGGGGCUUGAAGAGGAGCGAGGACAACAAGGAGACCUACAAGCUGCCGCACCGGCUGAUCGAGAAGAAGAGGCGCGACAGGAUCAACGAGUGCAUCGCGCAGCUGAAGGACCUGCUGCCCGAGCACCUCAAGCUGACGACUCUGGGGCACCUGGAGAAGGCUGUGGUUCUGGAGCUCACCCUGAAGCAUGUGAAGGCACUGACCAAUCUCAUCGAGCAGCAGCAGCAGAAGAUCAUCGCUUUGCAGAGCGGUUUGCAGGCGGGUGACCUGUCAUCGAGAAACCUUGAUUCCAGCCAGGAAAUGUUUCGAUCCGGUUUCCAGAUGUGUGCCAAGGAAAUGCUGCAAUACCUGGCCAAGCACGAGAACGGCAAGGAGCUGAAGUCGUCGCAGCUGGUCAGCCACCUGCACCGGAUGGCCAGCGAGGUGCUGCAGGGCGGGGCGGCCCGCAAGGCCGGGGACAUCCCUCCCAAAAUGCUGGACCUGAAGGAGAAGCCGGCGCCGCUGGGCGCGGCGGGCGAGGGCCACGGGAAGAACUGCGUGCCCGUGAUCCAGCGGACAUUCGCUCACUCCAGCGGGGAGCAGAGCGGCAGCGACACGGACACGGACAGCGGGUACGGGGGAGAGCUGGAGAAAAGCGACUCCAAAGCGGAACAGCCCUAUUUCAAAAAGGAUACCGACCUCAAGUACGCUGUCCAGGAGAGAAUAAGCUCUAUUAAGCAAGAGACUGAGGACCCGCCGGCCAAAAGGAGCAGGCUGGAGUCGCCGCAGGACGAGGGCCCUUUUGGCAGUGACAUGAUGGGCUCUCCCAGCAGCUUCCUGGGCCCCCACGCUCACCAGCCUCCCCUGUGCCUGCCUUUCUACCUGAUCCCGCCGUCCGCCACCGCCUACCUGCCCAUGCUGGAGAAGUGCUGGUACCCGGCCUCGGUGCCCGUGCUGUACCCCAGCCUGCCGGCCUCUGCCGCAGCUCUGACGGGCUUCAUGAACCCCGACAAAAUCUCCCCCCCUCUGCUGAUGCCCCAGAGACUCCCUUCUCCUGUACCGGCCCAUUCCCCCAUCGACUCCUCGGCUCUGCUUCAAGCUUUGAAGCAGAUUCCUCCUUUGAACUUGGAAACCAAAGACUGAGCGCAGUGUGACUGGUUUUUCUCUUUUUUUUUUUUUUUUUUUUUUUUUUUGUUAGUUUGAGAGACUGUUUCACUUUUAUAUAUUGGCUGGACUGAGGUGUGGAGACAAGGUUCACUGUGCAUAGGAAGCUAAAUCCCUUUUCUCUGACUUGUCAGUAGCUUGGAGAAGGAUGAAGGAUGCGCCCAGGUUAGCGAUUGACAACUGCUUCCAAAAGAUUAAAGAAGGGUUUUGUGCUUGGCCCCUUCCCUUCUUCCCUCUCCACAUCUACAGAACAACAGUUGACUCGGUCAGCUGCGAAUCUAUUGCAAAGCUGUGAAGAAAUAUUCCAUUGGGCAGACCUGGUUCGAGGUGUGCAAAUACAAAAUACGUGAAUAUAAACCACGGUACUUCCCCGAGCGGCUCUGGAGGCAACGGCCCCGCUGGCUCAUCUGGCUGGACUGGUGCCCAGUGACCCCGAGCGUGGCAGGGUGGUGGUGGCACUGCCACCGUGAGCACAGCAGGAGCAGGGCAGCGUCACUGGAGGUGGUGGCAAUGCCACCAUGAGCACAGCAGGAGCAGGGCAGUGUCACUGGAGGUGGUGGCAAUGCCACCGUGAGCACAGCAGGAGCAGGGCAGUGUCACUGGUGGUGCUGGCAAUGCCACCGUGAGCACAGCAGGAGCAGGGCAGUGUCACUGGUAGUGGUGGCAAUGCCACCAUGAGCACAGCAGGAGCAGGGCAGUGUCAGUGGAGGUAGUGGCAAUGCCACCAUGAGCACAGCAGGAGCAGGGCAGUGUCACUGGAGGUGGUGGCAAUGCCACCAUGAGCACAGCAGGAGCAGGGCAGUGUCACUGGAGGUGGUGGCAAUGCCACCAUGAGCACAGCAGGAGCAGGGCAGUGGUCAUUGCAGGGGCAGCAAUGUCACCAGGAGGAGCAGGGCAGUGACCACUGUGAGGUGGUGGCAGUGGUGGCAAUGCCACUGUGAGCACAGGAGGAGCAGGGCAGUGGUCACUGCAGGGGCAGCAAUGUCACCGGGAGGAGCAGGGCAGCGGUCACUGCCUGGUCACACACAGGUCAGGCAGACCUACCACAGGUUUCUCUCCACACCUUUACUGAUAGAUAGAUAUUUUUUUAAGAAAUAAAAGGUAGCUGCUGCUUGGAGCUUUCCAUGGCGUUCAUCUAAUAAAUAAAUUAACCUGUGCCCUUCCUGUUACUCGAGCUGCUACACUGGGCCGGCUCGGGAGGAGCCGUGCCCGGGAUGGAUCCCGGCUCGGGAGGAGCCGUGCCCGGGAUGGAUCCCGGCUCGGGAGGAGCCGUGCCCGGGAUGGAUCCCGGCUCGGGAGGAGCUGUGCCCGGGAUGGAUCCCGGCUCGGGAGGAGCUGUGCCCGGGAUGGAUCCCGGCUCGGGAGGAGCUGUGCCCGGGAUGGAUCCCGGCUCGGGAGGAGCUGUCCCUGGGCUGGUUUCCCUGCUGGCACCGGCUCCAGCCUCUCCCCGGCUGCCCUGGCACUCCCUGGGCAAUCCCUGCGGCUCUCCCGGGCGGGCAGGUCGGGCUCUUGCCGGAGGGAGCUGGCAGUGCCAUCCCUGCUGGAGGUGCCCCUGGCAGUGCCAUCCCUGCUGGAGGUGCCCCUGGCAGUGCCUCUGGACAGUGGCAAGGCUGGGAUUUUCACAGGAGCCCGGCAGGGUUUGAGCAUCUGGAUUCCUCCUGGCAAACCUGGGUGGUGCCACUGCUCUGGGAGCUGCAAGGAGCUUCCUCCACAGAGGAACAUCCUCUCAGUUCAGCUUCUUUUUCAUGAAAAACCCCCAAACGUCACUGCUGAAGGCAGUGCUCUUUGGUGGUUUUUUCUUACUGGUGAGCAGAACCCCUGUCUGGAUCCUCAUGUCGCCCUCCCAUUGCACCAGCUGUUGAGAUGCACUAUGCUUGAUUGCAGAUUGUGUUCUAACGUUUAUUUUGUUGUUGGUUUUUUGGGUUUUUUUGGUAUACAGUUGUUGCCUUUAUUUGUAAAAUCCUGUUAUAAAUAUAUAUAUAUUAUAUAAAUAUAUUAAAAGUUAAAAGGUUUCAGAUGUCUAUUAUUUGUAUAACUACUUGAGCAUAAAGAAGUGAGAAAUAUGAAUGUAUUCUUGUUUCUGGGUUGUCUUUUUUUUUUUUUUUUUAAGAGAAGAAUAUUCCGUUUUUCUCUCGGGAGAGGUACAGUGUUUAUAUUUUGGAGCCGCCUUCAAGGUGGGAUAUUGUACAUAUUUUUAUCUUGAGUAAAUGUUAAGUAGCUGUUUAAAAAUGCUUAAUAAAAUAAUUCUUUUCCUGUGGAA